CAGCGAAUUGCCAGCGAUGUACCAAGAUUCUCCUCAGAGUUGAGCGAGCUUAUACAGGAUGAUUUGACAGCAGUUACUGAUGGGAUUUUGUAUGCAUGGCGCCUUUGUUCAUAUGCUAGUCCAAAAUACAUCUUCUGGAUACUGGCAUAUGUACUGGGAGCCGGUACUGCGAUAAGGACCUUUUCUCCUUCUUUUGGCAAAUUGAUGUCCAAAGAGCAGCAGUUGGAAGGGGAGUACCGACAACUUCAUUCACGCUUAAGGACUCACUCGGAAAGCAUAGCAUUCUAUGGUGGGGAAACCAGGGAAGAAUCUCAUAUACAAAAAAGUUCAAGAAUCUUGUUACUCAUAUGAGUGACGUCCUUCAUGAUCACUGGUGGUUUGGCAUGAUCCAAGAUUUUCUGCUGAAGUAUCUUGGUGCCACAGUUGCUGUUAUUCUGAUCAUCGAGCCAUUCUUCUCUGGGCAUCUAAGACCUGAUGACUCGACCUUAGGGAGAGCAGAGAUGCUAAGCAAUAUAAGAUAUCACACCAGUGUCAUUAUUUCUCUCUUUCAGGCGUUAGGAACACUUUCUAUAGUUCCAGGCGGCUCAGCCGACUCAGUGGUUAUGCUGACCGAAUCCAUGAGUUGAUGGCUGUCUCGAGAGAACUCAGUGGUGAUGAUAAAACAUCUUUACAGAGAAAUAGAAGCAGAAAUUACCUUACUGAGGCUAGCUAUGUUGAGUUUUCGGGUGUCAAGGUUGUUACUCCAACGGGAAAUGUUUUGGUGGAGGAUCUCACCCUUCGAGUUGAGCAAGGAUCUAAUCUUCUUAUUACAG